AUGCGGAGGAUAAUUUUCACUGGUGAGAGACUUGCUUCUCACUGGGGCAUCUCGUCCCGGCCUGGGACCAACGGUGGCAGCAACCCAAACCAACUCAGUUCCAAUUCCAUCAGCCAUUCGAGACGGGUAUCAUCUAUCGCCCCUUCAUCAAUCGCCACAUCAACGAUCACCUCUCCUCACAGACGUCGUACCAUCUACAAACGCAAUGCUCGCCAAUUCGGUCCCAGUAAGCGCUGGAACAGCGAUCUAGCCGUCCCACGUCCUGCAUCGGUGGAACAAGAAUAUCGCAUUCCUUUGCCCGAAUGGAGCUCUCGAGAAGAAGAGGCAUCAUAUCAACGAAGCUUUUUCCAAACCAUUGAAAAUGGACAGCCGAACCAAGUCAUGGAGGCCAUGGUUGACCCACGGUCGGUGGGGCUCGUUGGAGCUCUGACCCCCUCUGCAUUCAUUGAGAUUCUUCACUUGCUCGCUCCAUCCCACUUUGUGGAGCCGUAUCGCGAUCUUCAUCACACUCUUCAUGGAUGGGGUGUUUUAAUGCAAGGCCUUCAACCAGUGGAGGCGAUCUUUGACGAUUUCACGAGAGCUCUACUCACCAUCAUGCAAUAUAGAGUUGCGGCCGGGUAUCCACCCCAACUAGCGGAAUACACCCACCUCUUGGACUGUGCUCGGGCAAUGGGCAAUGGAGCCUUGGCAGACGAACUGUGGGAAGAAAUGCACUCCAACAAUGUCGUCCCGGACGCUAUCUGCUACAAUCAUUUUACCGGGGCGAAAGUCUGGGACCACUGCUACGUGGGGAAGGAAUCAUACAAUCUUCGCAUUCUCCCUUACAACUACAAGAAACGGCGCAUGACGAACCCGAGCCCUGGGUGGCGUGGCUUUGGGACAGCGGCAAAUAGUGUGAGGCGAGUUGUGCUGGAUGUGUUUAGUGAGAUGAGCCAGAAUGGCCUCAGUGGGGAUGAGCAGACUUACAUCAACAUUUUCCUCGCAUCGGCUCGUGUGGGGGAUAUGACAGCGGCCAAAAACAUUCUUGUCACCGUCUGGAAUGUUGACGUGGAUGCAAUCGUGGCUGCUAGCGAUGACUCUUCACUCCCACCUGUCACCCCGUACGAUACCUGGUCUGGACUGUACCCAACGGAUCGACUUCUCUUUGCUGUGUCUCAUGCCUUUGGGACGGGUAAUGACUUACAAGCUGCCAUGCAGACUGUGGACUUCAUUGCUUCGUCAUACAACAUCCCGGUCACGGAUAAGGUGUGGGCUGAGCUAUUCGAAAGGGCAUAUACUCUCUCAAAAGAACACAAACGCAGACAAGCCAACGAUGGACGGACCGGUCAAGUCCCAAGGGAAAUGGUUCACGGGAUGUUCCAAACGAUGACCGAGGAGCCUUAUAGCGUUCCCCCUACUCUCCAAAUGUAUCGAUUUACAACCCAAACCCACAUUAUGGAUGGCGCCUUGGAGGCAUGCAAGGAGGACAUGCGCAAGGCAUACGAUAUCCUCAGUGAAACAAGAGCACGGAGGAAGCAAGCACGAGACACAGUUAUGCGCUGCCUGCAGCCGGUGCUUGACAGCAUGAAGGCACCACUGAAUGGAAAGCAAAUUCCGCCCAAUGGCCGAAUAAAGUACCAGCGCGAAAAUUGUGUGGAGCCAGACGAGGCCUUGUUUGAAUGUCCACUUCUCACCGAGGCAAUUCAUACAUACGACCUGCUUCGGCUGGAGGUGUUCCAACAAAUAUAUUUGAUGCAACGUAUCGCGUUCGCGGUUGUCAAAAGAAAAUCAUGGAAAGACACACCAAACAAGGUCUGGGAGCAACAAGAAAGGCCAAAAUUACAAGAAGAAUGGAAAGACUUUCUCCCGGAGAUCAAUGCAUACGAAAGCACAGGAUCUUACAGAGAGCAUGAGAGCGGGACGAUCGAGUUUCUGGGCAAAACAAACUCCCACAGCCGCUACAUGAGCCAGCAUGGCCGGAUACAUGCACGGCGCCUGACAGACCAGGCGGGACUGUUCCAGCCUGUUGAAGAGAAGGUCAUCGACGAUAGGAUAUUCUGGGAACUCUUACUUCGUGAUUACCCAAAGCUUGAUCCAUCAGUUUCACCGCUGAACCGUAUCUACACUUUCCAACUGGAUCACACCAAAGAGCUCAAACAGAAACUCAAUAAGUUAUCCACUUGGGUUGAGUAUCCCGAAGGACACCGACUUUCGGAGAAGAAUAAUCCCGCUGGCGGGUUUUAUGGUCGAAUUCAUGCACUGGGCUUGGAUGCGGACCCUAGGCGAUCCAUUUACUGGAGAAAUGGCAAUCCUUGGAGCUGA